GUUAUAAAAAACUGUUAAUUUUUGGCCCAUAACAUGCGGUUGCACUGCGUCACAACAUUUAAUAGUUAUAACUUUAAUUAAAGAAGGUUAAUAAAUUAGUUAAUCGGCAUUUUAAAUUAAUUAAUACUGAGCUCUAACAGAAGUAGAAGAAGAAGAACAGUCAACACACGUGUGGGAAUUCCACUGCAUCGAUUUUGUGAUUUGUUUAUUUAAUGUUUUUAAGCCGAUUAUUAAACAGCUACACCAAGGCAGUACGCCUGAAAACCAUAAGUACUCCCUGGAAUCGGCACAAAUCCUUUGCUGCGGCCAUGUCAGAGGCUCUGGAUAAACUGGAGCUGGAGAAUGAAGCCAGGAAGGAGGCCAAAAGCUCAGAAAACGAGGCCGUAAAGGAUGCCAAUCGCAUCAAGCGGACACUGAAGCGCAAAAAGUGGGUGGACUGGAAGGAGCAGGACGAGCAGGAUGCGGCCAGCGGAGUGAAGCGGGAGCCCUUCGAUCCCGCCGAGCGGAUCAAGCGGAAGAAGAGUGCAAUCCUGCUCAGCUACUCUGGGGCCAACUACUACGGGAUGCAACGCAAUCCCGGCAUGCAGACCAUCGAGGAGGAGCUGUUCAAAGCCAUGCUCAAGCACAAGUGGAUCACGGAGGACAGUUUCGAGCAGGUGCAGAUCGCAAGCUUCCAGCGGGCUGCCCGAACAGACAAAGGCGUCUCAGCCGCCCGCCAGGUGUGCUCCGUUAAGCUGCCUGAGGAGCUGGAUCUGGAGGCCUUCAACGCUGAUUUGCCCGAGCAGAUUCGCCUGUUUGGUGUGGAGCGCGUGACCAAGGGCUUCAAUGCCAAGGAUCAGUGCAAUGCCCGGACCUACACCUACACACUACCCACAAUGGCCUUUGCUCCCCACGAAGAAAAGGUCGAGGAUUUGCACGACACCUUUCGCAUUUCACCAGAACUGCUAGAGAAAGUCAAAGAGACCCUGAAACUCUACGAGGGCACGAAGAACUUUCACAACUUCACUAGCAAAAAAAGUUUUCUGGAUCCCUCGUCCAAGCGGUUCAUCAUGUCCUUUACAAGCAGCGAGCCAUUCCAGAGUCCCCAAGGCAUUGAGUUCGUAACCCUUAAAGUGAAGGGUCAGAGCUUCAUGCUGCAUCAGAUCCGCAAGAUGGUGGGUCUAGCCAUUGCUAUUGUUAGGGGCAACACGACGACGACAAGUUUGGAGCGAGCACUGACGGAGGAGCGCUUGGACCUGCCCAUGGCCCCUGGACUGGGCCUAGUACUGGACACGGUGCACUACGAGCGCUACAACGUCCGAUAUGGCAAGGAUGGCAUACACAACCCGCUAACGUGGCAGGCGCAGGAUGCGCAAGUGCAGGAGUUCAUCGAGCGGGAGAUCUUUAGCCAGAUCUACAAGACGGAGGCCGAGCAGCGCAACAUGCUGGACUGGAUAGGAACGUUGCAUUAUCAUUCGUACGACACGCGAAAGGAGGAUGGUCCCCCAGCGCCCACGGAUGGCAAGCGGAGUAAGGCUGGCGAUGAUGAUAAUGAUGAAUAAGCAUUACGAUGUGUUGAUUUUUGUGGAUAUCAAAGACCAUAGAACGUUCAUUAUAAGUUUUAGAUUCGAAUAUUUCAUUUGUUCUACAAAUUAAUAAGAAUGCAAAAUAUUAGAAUGAACAAAACAUUGCUGGCCUAAAUCUUA